CGGUCUGCGAUUACACUUGGUCGCAGAUUGGUGUUGUGUUUUGGCGUGCCAAGUUUUUGGCGCCGUUGCCGGGGAACCCUCUAGGUUAUUGAGGAAACGUGAGAAUUUGUUACUCUAGCUUUUAUUUUCUGCUUUUUAUUUCUUCCACCUGUGUGCCUUCACGGGUUGUUUCUGCUGAUUGUGUGCAGGUAGUGCAUGACCCGUAGCCAGUCGGGAGAUCUACUACCACUAGACCAGGAGCUUGAACGAACCUGCAGAAACUUCAAGCGGGCUCUAAAGGCGCGACUGGCUGCGGAGGAGGCGCUAUCACAGCUGCAGUUAGAGGAGGAAGAAGAAGAGAUGGCUGAACCAGGGAACCAUGUUGUGAUCCCCGAGGAGCAGACCAUGGGCUCCUACUGGACCGCUAGGGCUGCGGACAUGAGGUCACCCAUUCAGCACCCUCAGGUCCCAGCCAACAACUUUGAGGUGAGCACCUCCGUGAUCACCAUGCUGCGCGGUUCAGUAGUGUUCCGUGGUAAGGAGGGAGAGUGCCCUCGAUCACAUCUCAGGCGAUUCCACGAGCUCAUCGAUGGAAUCAAGAUCAAUGGGGUACCAGCAGAUGCCAUCCAGCUGAGGUACUUCCCAUUCACUCUGGAGGGGCAGGCCAAGGAGUGGCUAGACACUCGAUCUCCGGGCUCCAUCACCACGUUCGCCAACCUGGCGGACAAGUUCCUCACCCGCUACCAUCCUCCAUCCAAGACAGCUGACCUGCAGAAGCAAAUUACACAUUUUGCUCAGGAUGAGGAUGAGACCAUUAGGGAUGCAUGGGAGAGGUACAACAGUCUUUUCCUCAGGUGUCCCAAUCAUGGUUUCAACGAUGCGUUCAAGGUGGGCACCUUCUAUCACGCCCUCUUCCUGGAGGACAAGCAGCUGAUCGAUUCGGUUUGUGGCGGGAACAUGCUGACCAAAACCCCGCCACAGCUGAAUCAACUCUUUGAAGAGAUGGCGGAGAAUGGUUAUGAUUGGGGCACUGCCAGGAGAUCGAGGAGAGCACCAGGCCGGGGUGUGCAUGCUGUGGGCACCCAGUCAUCCGAUUUGGUGCAGGUAGUAUCGAAGCUGGUCUCAGCUAUCGAUCGUUCCGGGAUGAUUCCAGGGACCGGACAGCAGCAGGCGAUGUUCUGCCAGUGGUGCGAGAGCACCCAUCAUAUGGUAGAAGACUGCCAGGCGAUGAAGGAAUCGACCACACCCCAGGAGCAGGUGAACUUCAUCAACAAUGUCAGGCGCAAUGACCCCUACAGCAACACGUACAAUGAGGGGUGGCGCCAGCAUCCUAACUUCUCCUGGGCUGGGCCAAAUCCCAGACCACCAGCUCCACAGGGACCACCGGGCUUCCAGAGGCCACCAUAUCAGCCCAGACAGGGGCAAUUCCAGCAGCCAGGUGCAGCCCCUGCUGCCCCAGUGCAGAAUGAUCAGAUGGCUGAACUGCGGGACUUGGUGGGUUCUCUUGCCAGUGUUAGUGCUCAGAAAUUCAACACCUUUGAGCAAUUCAUGGAGAAGGCCUCGGGUCAACUCCUGGCUCUGGAAGCUGGUCAGAGGAAUACACGGGCUGUUUUGCAGGAUAUCCAGACCCAGCUGGGGAGCGUGGCCCAGGCAGUGGCUCAAAGGGCUCCUGGUACUCUACCAGGGCAGACCAUCCCUCACCCGCCGACCCCGAAUGAGCGGUGCAAUGCCAUCAUGACCAGGAGUGGCAAGAUGACUAUUGAUCCCCCUGCUCGGGAACCGGAGAAAGAAAGCCCUGUCUUAGCGGCUCCAGCGGUUGAACAGGAAGUAGAGAAGGAAGUUGAGGUGCCUGCACCUAAACCGCAACCAGUAGUGAAGGAGUAUGUCCCUAAACUCCCUUUCCCUACUCGGUUGCACAAAGACAGGCUGGAGGCAGAGUUCGAGAACUUCAUCGCCAUGCUUAAGAAGCUGAAUGUCCAAGUGCCCUUCCUGGAGGCACUAUCGCAAAUGCCAAAGUAUGCGAAGUUUCUGAAAGAGCUUCUCUCAAAGAAGCAGAAACUGAGUGAGCUGGCCACGGUAGAGCUCAGCGAGGAAUGCUCGGCUAUUCUGCAAAACAAGCUUCCGCAGAAGAAGAAGGACCCAGGUAGUUUUACUAUCCCAUGCUCUAUUGAUAAAUUGCAUGUAGAGAAGUCCUUGGCGGAUUUAGGUGCUAGUAUCAAUGUUAUUCCAUAUAAAUUGUUCAUGAAACUAGGCCUAGGUGAACCCCGUGCUACUAGGAUGACCCUUCAAUUAGCUGACAGAUCUGUAGUGCAUCCUAGGGGUAUAGUGGAAGACCUUCUGGUUAAGGUUGGCAAAUUCACAUAUCCCGUGGAUUUUGUUAUCUUGGACAUCAGUGAGGACACAGAAGUGCCUCUUAUACUGGGAAGGCCUUUCCUGGCCACCGCCAAGGCUCUCAUAGAUGUGCAUGAUGGGACCUUAGUUUUGAGGGAUGGCGAGGAGCGAAUAACGUUUUCUGUUGCUGAUAAUAUACCUGCUUCGUCACCUCUGCAUGCUGUAUCUCACCAGGAGCACGAGUCUGUCGUGUAUCCUUCUGUGCUGCCUAUUUUGCAGGAACCGCCUCCCACACCUUCGCCGCCACUCCGGACCACUCCGUCACCCAAAGAACAGAUCAAGGAGGAGUGGCGGCCGAAACUGCCGGCAGCUAAGCCUGCUCGAAAGGAAGCCGGAGACCACUAUGAGCUGGUCCCGCCCCCUCCUUGGCCAUCCGAGUAUUCACUCGCUUGCAUCCUACCGGAUGGCCAAGUCGAGCUGGCGAAUGCAGGUGGCCACAUUCGUCGCGUGCAUGGCCACCAUUUGAAGCUGUACCUCAAGAGCGAUGUGGAACCGCUCUUGAAGGCACCUGAUCCUACACUUCCCUGAGCAUCCAUACUGGCGUCCAGCUAAAAGACGGUAAAGAAGCGCUUGUGGGGAGGCAACCCCACCGAGGUUUGCAUUUUCUUA